AGCAGGCUGCAGGUGGUGGAGCAGGAGCGUCGUCGCAGGGCCAAAGGCAGAGGGAGCCUCGUCUGUCGUCCGAGAGAGAGAUGCGACAAAGGCUCGGCUUAAAUUCGCGAUGCAGGCCUCCGCGUGCUUUCAGUCUCGGCUCCCGAUCGCGCCGCAAAGAUUUGGCCCCGCGGUUCUUUCUUCUCCUCAUCCGCUGCUCUGGGCGUCUGCUCCGUCGGUCGAUUGCUCCCUCUCUCGUCGCACUAGUGGUGCGAUUUUCUCCUCGCGCGGCGCUCGUAGGAAACAUUCGCCCGUCCGCUGUGUCGGUCAAGAAGGCGAUUGUAUGGUCCACAAGGAUCUGAAGGCCCCCGUCUAUCAUGCACAUUGGUUAAUGAAGAACUCUGAUAUCCUCUGAAGUAUCCAGCUUCAUGUGCCGGCGCAUCAGUUUGAUGUGAAAGUGAUAUGAUAUAGAAAUGACGGCAGAAGUAUCUGAGGCAGCAGCCUACCCGCUGCGACGCUGCAAGACUAUACAUCUGGUCAGGCAUGGGCAAGGAUUUCACAAUGUAGCCGGAGAAUCGGACUUCAAAGCUUACUUGUCACCUGAUUAUUUUGACGCCAGCUUGACGGCUAAGGGAUGGCAGCAGGUUACUGCACUGCGCAACCACGUGAGAUCAGUUGGCAUCGCUGACUCGCUGCAGUUGGUAGUGGUCUCUCCCUUAACCAGAACAAUGCAGACAGCUGUUGGAAUUUUUGGUGGGGAAGACAUUGUGAACGGUGCAGACGCCGGACCUGCACUUAUGGUUGAUGGAGUAGGGAUGGAGAAACAUAAAGCUAUACCCAGUAGUGGUGCUCCUCCUUUCGUUGCGGUGGAGUGGUGUAGAGAACACAUGGGACUCCAUCCUUGUGACCAGCGUCAGACCAUCACAACUUAUAGGAGUCUUUUCCCGGCUAUUGAUUUCUCAGAUGUUGAAGAGGACGAGGAUGUUCUGUGGAGCCCAACUGAGAGGGAAACGAAGGAACAAUUAUUUGGACGAACCAAAAAGUUCGUGGAAUGGCUGCUGAAGAGAAAAGAGACGGACAUUGCUGUUGUUUCUCAUAGCAGUUUCCUGAGGCAUUUAAUGGCCACGUUUGGUGAUGGCUGUUCAGCUCAAGUCAAAUCAGAACUACAUAAUUAUUUUGCGAACUGCGAAAUGCGCUCUAUUGUACUUGUAGAUAGAAGGGCGGAGGGAGAGUUUAAGGGCGCGACCACAGACUUUCCCGGAGGCAUUCCUGCUGGCUCAGAUGCACCAAGUGACACUUGCGAAGAUAAUUGAUUAACAUUGAGAAGGAAAUCCUUGCUUGCUUUUCACUUUUCUGUUUAGCAUGCUUGUAACCUAGACUAUUCAUUGAUUGUCCCAAUAGUCACCGAUAGUGAAUCUAAACUUGUCACAUCCAAAUAAUUUUAUACCAUUUUUUCCUUCACACAUCCUUCAGCCCCGAAAUUAUCGACACGUUUGGGGCAGCCCUGGUCACCAUUAACAUUUUUCCCUCGAUGGGAUCGUUGAGGCGAGUAUACUUGUGUUGGCGGAUCAAUUUCUUGCUUUCGCUGUCAAAGUUUCGUGGAAGUGAUGAAGUAUGGACAAUAUACUUCUUGCAAUCCACUCAGCAGCAAUUGUUAUAAUUGUAAUAAAUAAAAAGAUUCACCAAAAAUGAUUGC